CCGCGAGCCCGGGAGGCCAGCCCCACCCGCAGGGGAAGGGGGCUGGGUGGCGGCUCAGGUCAGAGCGCAGGACUCGCUCGGAUCCGGGCUCUCAGCACCUCGACCGUGACGGGGGACCUCAAGGGCCGAGGCCCCGGCUUCGCUGGUGGCGCAGUGGUUAAGAAUCGGCCUGCCAAUGCAGGGGACACCAGUUCGAGCCCUGUUCCGCGAAGAUCCCACAAGCCACGGAACAACUAAGCCCGCGCGCCACAACUACUGAAGCCCGCGCGCCUAGAGCCUGUGCUCAGCAACAAGAGAAGCCACUGCAAUCAGAAGCCCGCGCACUGGUAGUCCCCGCUCGACACAACUAGAGAAAGCCCGCGUGCAGCAACGAAGACGCAACACAGCCGGAAAAAAAAUUCUCACAGCCUUUGACUACCCCCAUUUUACAGAUUAGGGAAACGGAGACAGAGAGGUUAGGUUACUUGUCCAAGGCCUGCGCAGCUAGUAAGUGCUGAAAUCGGAUGUGAACUCAGAGCUCAAUUUUUAGCCUCACCAAUAAUGUGAUGUAACACAACAUAGUAAUUAUAAUGUUACAUGAAAUAAUUGUAGGUCCUGAAGAGUUUUGUGAACAAAAUCAAGCAGAGAAAUGAGGUUGUGUUUUGGUGGGAAGGUGUAAUUUAGAAGAGACAGGCAAGAGAGGCCUCUCGGAGGAAGCAGACUUUGAAAAGGGACCAGACAAACGUCGAGAUCUGUGUGGAGAGAUGUCCAAGCAGGGCGCACAGCCAAGGCAAAGAGCCGGCGGCUGGCCCUGCAAGAAGGCCAUCCGUCUGGGAUCCAAAGUUUCCAAGAUUCUAGUUUCGCUGAGACUCUGGUUUCCAGACCUCCUGUGCACUGCAUUCAUCUCAGAUUCGACGUGCCCUAGAGGCUACCGGCUACGCGCGCGCGAAGUUCUGCGGUUGCGCAGGGCCUGGGACGCAGCGCUUAACUUUCCCCGGGCGGUGGGCGGGGCCGGUCUCACCUGCGGGGGCGGGGCUCCAGGCCGCCCCGCCCCCGGAGGACCCGCCCGCGGCCCGAGACUCGCUGCGCAGCUGGAAGCGGCGAGGCGUGCGCGGCGGGCGGGCGCAGCGCGGCGAAGCAGGACCGGGAGCUGUCUGCGGUCAGGAGCAGCAAUGUCCGUGAAGGUGGCAGCCCCGGGAAGCAUGGGGCUGGGCCCGGAGCACCUGAGCCCUGAGGAGCUGGUGCGACAGACGCGACAAGUGGUACAGGGGCUGGAGGCCCUGCGGGCAGAGCACCGGGGCCUGGCCGGGCACCUGGCGGAGGCCCUGGCAGGACAGGGCCCGGCGGCUGGCCUGGAACUGCUGGAGGAAAAGCAGGAGGUGGUGAGCCACUCAUUGGAGGCCAUCGAGCUGGGGCUGGGUGAGGCCCAGGUGCUGCUGGCCCUGUCGGCGCAUGUGGGCGCGCUGGAGGCUGAGAAGCAGCGGCUGCGAGCGCAGGCCCGGCGGCUGGCCCAGGAGAACGCAUGGCUGCGGGAAGAGCUGGAGGAGACGCAGCAGCGGCUGCGGGCCAGCGAGGAGGCUGUGGCCCAGCUGGAGGAGGAGAAGAGCCACCUGGAGUUCCUGGGGCAGCUGCGGCAGUAUGACCUGCCGGCAGAGAGCCAGCAGCCCGAGUCCCCCCAUCGGCAGGAGAGCCUGACCUCCCUGUUCCCCAGUGAGGAGGAGGAGAGGAAAGGUCCCGAGGCAGAGGGGGCCGUCUCUGCUCAGCAGGGUGGCUACGAGAUCCCGGCCCGCCUUCGGACCCUGCACAACCUGGUGCUCCAGUACACGGGGCAGGGCCGCUACGAGGUGGCUGCACCGCUGUGCCGCCAGGCCUUGGAGGAUCUGGAGCGGAGCUCGGGCCACUGCCACCCUGACGUGGCCACCAUGCUCAACAUCCUGGCGCUGGUGUACCGGGACCAGAACAAGUACAAAGAGGCCACAGACCUUCUCCACGAUGCCCUGCAGAUCCGGGAGCAGACACUGGGCCGGGAGCACCCCGCGGUGGCCGCCACCCUCAACAACCUGGCCGUCCUCUACGGGAAGCGUGGGCGUUACCGGGAGGCGGAGCCCCUGUGCCAGCGUGCCCUGGAGAUCCGUGAGAAGGUCCUGGGCGCCAACCACCCGGACGUGGCGAAGCAGCUCAACAACCUGGCCCUGCUGUGCCAGAACCAGGGCAAGUUCGAGGAGGUGGAGCAGCACUACGCCCGGGCCCUGAGCAUUUACAGGGCCCUGGGGGGGCCUCACGACCCCAACGUGGCCAAGACCAAGAACAACCUGGCCUCAGCCUACCUGAAACAGAACAAGUACCAGCAGGCGGAGGAACUGUACAAAGAAAUCCUCAGCAGGGAGGCCCUGCCCGCCCCUCUCGGAGCCCCCAACACAGGCGCAGCUGGUGACGCAGAACAGCAGACCCUUCGUCGGAGCAGCUCAUUCUCCAAGCUCCGAGAGUCCAUCCGGCGGGGAAGCGAGAAGCUGGUCUCCCGGCUCCGAGGCGAGGGUGCGGCGGGGGCAGCCGGGAUGAAGAGAGCCGUGUCACUCAACAUGCUGAACAUGGAUGGUUCCAGGGCUGCUGGGAACCAGUUCCCCAGCCGGCACCUGAGCGAGGCCUCUUGGACCCUCAGCGCCAGCACCCAGGACCUGGGCCCCCACUGAAGGCGACAGAACCACGUGGCUGCGGCGUCUCAGGAGGAGAGGGAGGGGAGGGGAGUCCUUUCAUCUCCCUGACUGACUCGCUCCCACCCCUCGGGGGCACCCAGUGUCCUCUCCUCCUGUGAUUAAAGGCUGUAGACUUGGCAGCCAGAA